AUGGGUUUUUGCGCCCAUGACGAAAAACUGCUAACCCACUUCUUUCAAGACAGUUUGACAGGAGCUUCCCUGAGUUGGUAUAUGCACCUUGAGCGAGCUCAUAUCAGCUCUUGGAAAGAUUUGGUGGAUGCCUUUUUUAAACAAUACAAAUAUAAUCUCGACAUGGCUCUUGAUAGAAUCCAGCUACAAAAUAUGACAAAACGAGACAAUGAAACAUUCAAGGAAUAUGCCCAACGAUGGAGAGAACUAGCUUCCCAGGUUGAACCCCCCCUAUCUGAAAAAGAAAUGGUGACCAUGUUCAUUAACACUCUUCAAACUCCAUUUUAUGACAAAAUGAUAGGAAGCGUUUCAUCAAAUUUUUUAGAUCUCGUCAUCAUAGGUGAAAGAGUAGAAAUGGGAUUGAAAAGUGGAAAGAUUUCUUUCGGUUAUACCAGAUUAAAUAACACAAAAAAGUUACCCACGGGUGCGAAUAAGAAAAAAGAGGAAGAAAGCCAUUUUGUGGCGUCAAACCCAACUAAUCCUUCUUUUGUGUGUCGCCCUUACGCCGCUGCAACUUCACAAAUCUCACGCACUCUAAGUCAACACUUACAAGGGAAUCAAGAUUUAUAUGAAAGUCAGGGGAAAAACUAUCGUGGGAGGAAGUUUAUACAUUUCGACCCAAUCCCUAUGACCUAUGCAGAUUUAUCACCGCAUCUGGUUAGCAAUUCUAUGGUUGCACUAUGUCCAUGGAAAACUAUAGAACCACCCUACCCGAAAGGAUAUGACUCGAACGUCGUGUGUGAUUACCACUCUGGGGCUGUAGGACACUCUACUGAAAAUUGCCUAGCUUUAAAAUUUAAGGUGCACGGUUUGCUUAAGGCUGGAUGGUUGAAUUUUAAAGAAAACGAGCCUAGCGUGAAAAAUAUUCCUCUAUCAGUCCAUGGUGGGCCAAUAGUGAAUGCAAUCGAAGAAAAUCACCAAUUAAUAAAGGAGGUCGAGAAAAUUAAGGCCCCGAUGGGACUUAUUUUCUCUGAGUUAUGUAAAUUUGGGUUAAUCCGAGGAAAUGCCGAUGGGAAAGCAAGAUGCAAUUUCCACCUCAAUGAAGAUCAUUCCAUGGAAGAAUGCAAUGAGUUCAAAAAAGAACUUCAAAAAUUGAUAAACAUAGGCACCAUUCAAAUAGGUCGUUGGGAAAAGGAUGACGGUAUGAUUGCAACCCAAUCAGAAGAAAAACUUGGCAUAACCAUCCCAAAGCCAUUGGUCAUUCAUUUCACUAAGGAGGAAAGUAUGAAUGCCCCCGAUGAUUUGAGGAUCUUAAUAGUUCAGAUACCAAGCCCUUUUUCAUAUGAAGACAACAAAGUUGUACCUUGGAACUAUAAUGUAGAGGUACAUCUAGCUAAACAGAAGAACAAAGGUGUUUCUAGCUCUAAAACCACCACUGUCACGAACAUUUCAGGAAUAGGAGGAAUGACUAGAAAUGGUCGGAUAUACUCCCCAGGAAAAUCACAAAGAGAAAUGAGAGUGAUGUUUGAGAAGGCAUACACAGAUAAAGAGGAAAAGAAAGUCGAAAAGGAGAAAGUAGAAAAUGAGAAAGAGGUUUCUAAUGAAGAAGCUUAG